ACGUCAAAAUAAUAAAUGAACCAUAUUUAAAUCUAAUUUUCAGUUCCGCUCUUUCUUACUUUCUCUCUCUCUAAAUAUUCUACUUCGAACCCUAGCUAAUCUCUACGUACACCUCUCUCUCUCUCUCUCUCUCUUCUCAGAUUCCGCCAUUUUUGUUACACUCUCACUCUUGGUUGUACUCGUCUUCUUCGUAUUUGUGGCUUGGAGUCUUUGAAUUUAGCUAUAAGAUGGAGUAUGAAGGUGGUCGCAAGAGAGCGAGAUUUGAUACUUCUUUUCAUGGCAAUGGCGGCGGUUUCAAGAAAUCUAAGCCAGAAAUGGAGACCUUUACACCUGGUAUAGGAAGCAAAUCGAAGCCAUGCACAAAGUUUUUCAGUACUUCCGGGUGCCCUUUUGGUGAAAAUUGCCAUUUCUUGCAUUACGUUCCUGGCGGUUUGAAGGUUGUGUCACAACUAAUCAAUGCUGGUGGCAGCCCAGCCCUCCCUCCACCCAAUAGGAACCCUGUAGUUCCACCAUCUUACCCAGAUGGCGCCUCUCCUCCAGCUGUCAAGACCCGUUUGUGCAACAAGUUUAGCUCAGGAGAAGGCUGUAAAUUCGGUGAAAAAUGCCAUUUCGCUCACGGGGAAUGGGAGCUUGGCAAGCCAACAUUACCAUCAUACGAUGAUCACCGCGGCGGCAGGAUGGGUGGUAGGAUGGAACCGCCUCCAUCUUCUCACGGUCCUGCAGCCAGUUUCGGAUUAUCAUCCACAGCCAAAAUUAGUGUCGAUUCUUCUCUUGCCGGAGCCAUCAUCGGGAAAAAUGGAGUGAACUCAAAACAAAUAUGCCGAGCCACAGGAGCAAAACUUGCAAUAAGAGAGCACGAAACAGAUCCUCACUUGAGGAAUAUUGAGCUCGAGGGAACCUUCGACCAGAUUAAGCAAGCUAGUACAAUGGUUCACGAGCUCAUCGUAAAUGUCGGGUCAUCUAUGGCUGCAAAUCACAUGAAGAACCAUCACGGCGGAGGUGGUGGUGGGGGCGGCGGCGGUGGCGGUCACUCCGGCGGUACGGGAAACAAUUUUAGGACCAAAAUAUGUGAUAACUUUAAUAAAGGUUCAUGCACAUUUGGGGAUAGGUGCCACUUUGCCCAUGGAGCUCAUGAAUUGCGCAAGUCUUCUGGGAUAUAAUUUUGCUUUUUCUUUUCUCUUUUUUGGUCUAAAAUUAAUAUUUGUGCCAAUCUUUUCUAGGAUAAAAACUCUUUGAUGUAUCUUGUAGCUUUUUUUGGUUUUCUUUUAAAUGUUCUUUGAUUGUUAUAAUGUUGCAGCUUUUUGAGUUUUAAAGUAGGUUUUUUGAUAUUCUUGAAUUCUUAAUUUUUUGUUUCUCUUCACUUAUCCACUCUUUUUAUA